AGGAGGAUGACAAUAACAUCAGUAGUGUUGACUCAUAACAAGGGAAAGUGUUGUCCCUCGUAAUUAAGACCGGAGGCGCGUCGUACCGCAAGGGAUGCCGCCUCUCAGGCCCGUAUUAGCCCUGAAGGCAAGGUGUGCCCAGGUUCUGGCCUCCACCCUGGCUGCCGCUUUCGUCAGAGUGGCUGGAGGCGGCAUCUGUGGUGCUGCCAAGAGUCUUGUUGGGCGGCCCAAGAAAUCAGGAGGCUCCAGGAAACCUGUGGCAAGAGUCGCUGAGGGUAUCUUAGGCAGCAACCCGACCGCUCAGAUUCUCAAGGUGCAGCAGUACGUGGGGCAGGGCGUGCCCAAGGACCGUCGGCAGGAGCUGCUUCACCAGGUGCUUCUGCUGGUGACGCAGAUGAUGACCCAGCUGAAUCGGAAAAAGAAAACCAAGAACUCGAGCUUCGACCUGACGGUUCAGAAGCUUGGACAAGCGCUGAGCUACGCCCUAGGUACUCUACUCGAUUCCACGGUCACUAAAUUAGAUUUGAGACCACUUAUUCACCACACUAUUAAAUGGGUUUCCACGUGCAAGCUUAAUAAUCGUGAUCCGAAGGAAACGAAUGCAAUUGACGCAACGAAAAUAGAGAACAUACUUAUCAAACUGUUCGGCGAAAAUGUGCGAAAGCUGGAUAGUCUCGUGUCGAUACAGUGGCCCCACUUGGUGUCUGGAGAAGUCAUAAAGAUAAUUGGCAGUCAUUGCAGGAAUCUUCGUCGUCUGGAAUUAGCGUGUAAGUGUGACGCCACUGCCGCUAUGAACGACGUGAAGGAGGACCCAGCUGUGGCCAGGCUGGAGAGAGAACUCAUGAAUUCUCUUGGAGCCCUGUAUGACCGAGCACCCGGAGAUUUCUCAGGUACGAAGCCUGGGGGUUGUCCUCACUUACAGGCACUGGUGCUACCCAGGCUAGACGACGAAGAAGGAACCCUGGCGUCACAUGUGGCACGCGCGCUCUGCUCUCUAAGGGAACUCGAAGUCAUCUCCGGCGCCCCGAUGCUAGUGAGCCUUGGCAUGUUGAAAAAUCAGAGACAUCCUCCACAGAAGCUGAAUUUAAAGCACUUAAGCGAUAUUGAUACGUACAAUAGGCGACCCAUGCCAGAUUUAACGUAUUUAACAAAACUUUUACCACAUCUCAGUAACAUCGAGCUUAUUGUCUCUCAAACAAUCACUAAAGCAGUAACCGAAAACUUUCUCAGUGUCAAAUCAUUAAAAAUUGCACAGGCCGACUUUCACCUCAGUGUUCGCCGCUUCAAGUACCUGGAAACUCUCGAUAUCAACCUGGAAUUCCAAGUUGCUUGGCCUUUACUGUUUACCCUAAGCCGCGGCCGAGUACAGAUUAAAGACCUUACACUCCGUCACUCAACUUUCCAAGUUGCGCAAGAGUACGAAGGCUCUCUGAAGUUCCCUACACUCAAAUCUUUCACUCUUGUUCGUUCUAGUUUCAUCGAGUACAACGCGUUCAAAAACCUUGUCAUGGGCGCCCCCAACCUUGUCAACCUCUUCGUCACGCUCUCAGACGACAGGAAUUAUAUGGUAGAUGAGUUUCGCGAUGAUUUGAUCAUGAGUGUGGCUCCUCUCCUCUCUAAUCUUGAGAGCUUCACGGCUGAGUGCCAGUAUAAACAUAAUCUUUACAACCAACUUAACUGCAUUUUAACCAUCGAUUCUGUCAACGUCUUGUGCGCCAACUGUCCCUUUCUUAAGUUCCUCGGUCACCUGGAUGUUUGGGACCUCGAUGAUAAAGAUGUUAAUGAGUUAAACGACCGUGUGAGGGUUAAUAACUGGGACUUGCAGGUGGUGUAAACGUGUCUUCUUUGAUUUUGUUAUAUUCGCCUUUGGUGGUCUUUCAGCGCUGAUGUUAGGUUAGGUUAGGUAAGGUUUGUCAGGAAGUAGGACAGGUGUUUCCUGACGCGGGUCUUAGUCAUAUGAUGACCUGCAACUGGAGCUUUUGGUCAUCUGACCGAGGCCUUCUACAGGCUUACCGGUCCAACCCUUUAAAAAUUAUGGAAUUAGAUUCUUUUUAGUGCGUAUUAAUAGCGCUAACGUGUUUGUAAACUUUCCAGUAAGACAAAAGUAGAACGAAACUUUUCGCUCAAGCUAAAGCUUUUAAAAGCUGAAGCUUGAGACACUUAUGCAACAUAUGGGAAUCUUUAUUGAGGAAACGUUUCGCCACACAGUAGCUUCAUCAGUCCAAUACAAAGCAGAAAGGUGUAAAGCAGGAGGAGUUGAGGUAAUCAGUCCCUAAGUCUGUCGGGUUUUUAACCAUUUAUCACUUUUAAAAGCUCCUUGCGCGAGACCUCGUUAUUAUAGUGCCAUACCAUCCUUGUCUUUUAGUUUCUUAUCGUGUCUAUACUUUGAACCUUCCUAGUUACUGCUUAUAAAUUGUUUGUGGAGUAAUCGUAAACUAGGUGGGAAAACUGUAUACCUAAACUAAAAGAAAAUGUUAUUACUUAAGAAUAAUGACAUUGUUGCUUGCAUGUAGGUAUAUGAUCAUAGAUGCGACUCUAGUUCUGAUCAUUCGUGUAGUUCUCAACAGAUGGUGUUACAAGUACUUCAAGUUUGUGGUCACCUUUUUUAGUCAGGCAAUGUACACCUCUGUACAUUUAGAGAGGUGAACUUGUACACAUGCGUACUGAUUAUACCUUGUUCUUUAACACUAUAAUUUGCCUAGUAAAUGCACACGUAGGGUUAAGUCCCUGGACUCAUUAUGUGACUAUUAAUUUUUAAUUCAAUAAAAUGCAAUGUAUAAUUGACAAAAGAUUAAUUUACUUUUUUUUUAUAAUUUAUGAUUAUACUAUUACUAAUAAUGAUUUUUUUUAUUGCAAUUUGGUAUAACAUUUGUAAUAAUUUAACGCCUUGAAUAUAAAAUUGUUAACUGAAUUUACUUAAAAUGGCGUGAAAUUAUUUGUUUUAUUACAAUUAAAAAUUAUAAGAUAAUAAUUUACAUAAACCUGCUAAGUUCAUUGAACUAUCCCAGCAGAAAAAAAAGUAAUUUACACAUGUUACUACUUAAGACAACCGUAAAAAAUCCGAACUUGUGUCAGUCACCUGAAUAAACUUACACUAGGUACAGUUUAUUAGAAUUGUAAAUGCCAUAUUACUAAUUUUGUGAGCUUGUCUUGAAAAUCAGCUUCAAUCGCCAUGAGAGAAAAUGGAUCAGGGAUGCACCUUAUAGGAUGUCUAAUGUAAAUUACCUACAGUACAAAAACUAUCAUUAUUAUUAUUAUAUUAAUGGGGAAAUAAUAAAAUAUUAUAUUCAUGGGGAAACACUAAUGGGUGAUACUUUUAUGGGUGAUACUAGUACCUGGAGAACUGGUGGUACUCAAGUUGAUGAGAAGAAUUGGAGAAUAGCUCCAGGGUAGUGUAUUUGACGACCUGACUAUUUUAUGACUCACGAAAUCGUAAUGACACGAUUGCAAACAAACCAUACGACGGGCGGGGAUAGAACCCGCGAUCAGAGAGUCUCAAAACUCCAGAC